CCCCCAGAUCAUUUGAGGGUGCUUCUAGUCCCAGUUCGCAUGGCGUCCCUUAGGGCUGGAGGGUCCAGAAGCCCCUUCAUCUCUGAGCCCCACUACCUGCAGUUCCCACUGGGAGACUUCCAGCAGCAUCUGGAACACCCAGACUUCACCCUUCAGCAGAUGGCCUUGGAGGGUGCUGCUGUGUCCAUACCUCUGGUUGACUCAGCACCCUCCAAGCUUUUUUAUGAUUAAUACAGAGGAGGUGACACUUAAGCCUUACCUAAAGUAGGAGGAUGGACGUUUGAGACCAGGCCAUAUGCGUGAGGGCGCAGAGCAUGACUGCACGUGCAGCUGAGUGUGUCCACACUGGUUAAGUAGCCAGCAGUGGCUGGGGUUGGCCAUCUAGAAAGGAAUCUGUCCUCGGAUGUGGACAGGGGCAGUAAGGAGACUCCUGCCUCAGUGCUCCUUCCCCUGGACUGGGGUUUUCCUGAAGGUGUGUUGUUAGGAAUGUGGGUUUUGAGGCUCAGCCCCACCUAUAUUGAAUGAGAUUAGUCACAGUAACUUUUAAGAACCAAUACCCUCCCUGUCGGGGUAACUCCUCUCUGGAGAGCCUGUUAAAGUGUAACUACCAGCUGGAAGAGGAGGAGAAACAAACUGAUUGGUUGGUAUCCAGUGGGACUAGGGUCUGGAAAGCUUAGUGUCCCAGAGGUAGGGAACACAUUAGGAAGCAAGAGGAUGCAGGGAGGCUUGGGUGAUUGCCUGGGUGGAGAGUCCUGGGGACCCAAAGCAAGGAAGCCUCCUGCCCCUCUGUCCUCUGAACUAAGGCAUGUGGGCCAUGUGCGCAGGUGCACUGAAGCCAGUAGCCCUCUAAGCAGGUCUCUGCUUCUGGACCUUGAUUUUCCCUUAAUGGGACAAAAUGAAAACCAGGCCCCACCCCCGUUUGCUGUUAGUGUGUAAUGAAAAGAGGGGAUGAAAACCACUACUUUAGAGAAUAUGGUGACGACGGGAUUUGACUUGCAUAACUAAACAUGUUUUCUUCACUACUGUAAGGUUGUUGGGGUUUUGUUUUUUAGGCUCAGAAUUCGUUUGUUUUGUUUGCGGUGCUGGGGAUUGAACCCAGGGCCUUGUGCUUGCAAGGCGAGCACUCCACCAACUGAGCUUUCUUCCCAGCCCUCAUAUUUUAUUCUAAAAACAUGUUCUCAGUGAGUAAAUAAGGGUGAUGCAUGUAUAUAUAUGCAAUCCUUUUUUAACUUUUAUUGGUGCAUGUUAAUUACUGAAGUGUGGGAACCUGUUGCAGGUUUAAAUGGUGCGUCUUUAAAAAUAUAUUUGCUUCUGAGGCUUACACUUUACACAGAAAUUUGCUGACCUUUUGAUCUUGACCUUCAGUUUAAAAGAAUCUUUCCCAACCGUGGAUAUAUGCUUAAAAUAAAACCAAAAUUUCAUACAAUGGUAACUACCUAUCAGAAUGCACACUGUACAUUCUGAGACUGUUUCAAUAUUCCUGUUCAAACUUUCAAAAUCUUGAUCGCAAUCCACCAAACUAACUUCCAGGACCUUUGAUGGAACACAACUUGCACUUUUGAAGACAGCUAGUAUGAGUUUCACAGAACUGUUCCACAGCGCUGAUCUUAUCUCACACGCCUGAGUGUUGGGCGAAUGUAUCCCACUUUCCUGAGAACAGAAUUGCUUAAGGUCACCAUGCCCAGUACCUCAGCUCUAGCUGGGGCUCUGCAGAACCGGGCUAUCAAGGGUGAGAAUGGGUGGGAAUACCAUAUCCGGAUCCUGGCCACUCAGGAACAAGACUAGGAAGAGGGCUUGAGACCCCUGGGGAGGUAAAGGAAAUCUGUACAAAUAGCUCAGUCUCUGGCCAACCAGAGCUGGCCUUACUCAGAUCCACCCUCUUGCAGGUGAUUGGCCCCUGGGGGUUGCCAGCCCCCAUCCCACCCUGGAGCCAGCUUCCUCCCAUACGCCCCACCCCAAGCAGGUCCCUCUUGGGCAGUCCAUCUCUGAUUGCUUCUGUGGGUGUGGCUUCUGAAGCUAGGGGCAGGAAGGAGCCGAUUUGUCCCUGUCACCGGGAACAGGUCAUUUUUUCCCCAGCUCUGAGCUGAGAAAGUUCGUGACAGGCUAUCCCACUGGCUUCUUCCUAUGGCUCUCAAGGAGGGACUCAGACCCAGGAAGAGAAUCUUCUGGCUCAUCCUGCUUGCACUUGGCCUCUUAGGGUUGCUCCUUCUGAACUGGCUCCCUGAAGUCAGGCAUCUGGAAGUCUUCAUCCCCAUGGGUGUCUGCCCUUCAGUCACAAUGCUCCAGCUGAGAGACAACUUCACAGGUGUCCUGCGUCCCUGGGCCCGGCCCGAAGUCCUGACGUGUACCUCCUGGGGGGCCCCCAUUAUUUGGGAUGGCACCUUCAACCCAGUGAUAGCCCAGAAAAAGGCUAGACGACAAAACCUCACCGUUGGGCUGACUGUCUUUGCUGUCGGCAGGUAUCUGGAGAAGUACCUGGCGCGCUUCCUAGAGUCGGCCGAGCAGCACUUCAUGGUGGGCCAGCGCGUGGUGUACUACGUGUUCACCGAGCGGCCAGCUGCGGUGCCCCGCGUGGCGCUGGGUCCCAGCCGUCAGCUGCGUGUGGAGCACGUGGUGCGCGAACGCCGCUGGCAGGACGUAUCCAUGGCACGCAUGCGCACGCUGCACGAGGCGCUAGGCGGGCGGCUGGGGCGCGAGGCGCACUUCGUGUUCUGCAUGGACGUGGACCAGCACUUCAGCAGCGCCUUUGGGCCCGAGGCACUGGCAGAGUCGGUGGCACAGUUGCACGCCUGGCACUACCACUGGCCGCGGUGGCUGCUGCCCUUCGAGCGCGACUCGCGCUCAGCCGCCGCGCUGGCGCAGGGCGAAGGCGACUUCUACUACCACGCAGCCUUGUUCGGGGGUAGCGUGGCCACGCUGCGCCGGCUGACCGGGCACUGCGCGCGCGGCCAGGAGCAGGACCGCGCACGCGGCCUCGAGGCGCGCUGGCACGACGAGAGCCACCUCAACAAAUUCUUCUGGCUGCACAAGCCCGCCAAGGUGCUGUCGCCCGAGUUCUGCUGGAGCCCGGAAAUCGGCCGGCGAGUCGAGAUUCACCGCCCCCGUCUGCUCUCUGCCCCCAAGGAGUACGCGAUCCUGCGCGACUAGUGCCAGCCUCUGGGCACCUUUGGCACUCGAUGAUGUGGUCUAGGAGUUACAGGAGGGAGAGACCCUCCAUUCAGUUGGGCUUCUUUUUGGAAGUCGCAUGACACUUUGGAGGACAGAGAAAGGUGGGAUUAAGAGACCCAACCCUGCUCCUGUGCGCCCUUCCCUUUCUUUCAACGUGGACUGCAGCACAACCGAAACACCUUGGACCUUACUGAAUUCAGCUGAUGCCUCCCGAAGGGGUGUUUGACCCGUACCUCAUCCCUCCCCCUUUUUAAAUAAGGAGAUUGAGGCACAAAGAGGGAACAUAACCGCCACAGCCUGAGGAUCUGUGCAGUGGCAUCAGCAGUUGGGACUGCCAGGCCUCGUGUCCCUCCCCCACUCCACCCUCAAUCCUGUUGACGUUGAGAAUGAGCCACAGGGGGACAAACACAGGAGGUAUCAUGGUCACUGGUUCUCCCUCUUUACCUCUCCUGCCCGAACAAACACAGCCC